AUGUCAGAAUACUGGGUUUCCAACAAGAAACACUACUACAACAAAAUCAGCCGGCAAAAUCACGAUGGCGGACGAAAGCACAAAGAGAACAUAGCAAAUUAUCUGCGGGACGUGCAUAAACGACAGGAAGAGAAAAAUGCGGUGGAUGCGGAGACGAAGGCGAUGUUGGAAAAGAUUGAGCAGGCAUGGCUGUCUCUGCCUUCAACACUAUCCUUCUCUAGUCGAUUAACACAAAGGCUCUCUCAGGCGGCAGGCAAACAAUACGCCCGGGAUACCCAGGGACCUUCGACACUAGCGCUAACCCCGGAAGCGGCAGCAGCAGCCCGUCGUCAAUCUCAGAAAGACGCCGCAACCAACUCAGCCGUGGCCACAGUCCUCGAGAACCUCAACAAGAAGUCACAGGAAGCAUCCUCUAUCAAGAACAAGACCGAGAAGGAUGACACCGAAUCACAUCCGUACGGUGAUUGGGAAACCAUUGCGAUUCAUCCGCCCCCACCUCCAUCAUCCACUGCGACAGGAGGCGAUGACAAGAAGGAGCAGGUGUCGGAGUUUGUGGGAAAUUCAUGGGCGGAUGAUGGGGAUGAGGAGCCUGAGCAGAAUUUGAAAGAGUUCAAGUUGAAGGAGAAAAUGAUCCAAGACAACGGCGACCUCUUUGCGACUGAUGGCUUGGCGACGGGAUCCGCCGCGCCAGUUUUCAAGAAACGGAAACUUGGGGCCGCCAUGAAAGGGAAUCGGAAUGUGCGGAAACGGGAGGACUAG